AUGGCUACCAACCACCUCAAGUCAUUCACAUAUGAAUUACGUACAGCAAAGCUAAAUGUUCUGGAGAAGGUUGUUUUGGAGAGGGAUGGAACGUUAGAUAUGCUAAGGCACAAUUUCAAGUUGGCUCAAGAAAGGAUGCAACAUCAAGCAAAUAAACAUAGAAUUGUUCGUGUGGAGAAGGGGUCGAGAUCUUUGACCUGCAUCAUCACAUGGAGAACGCAUUUGGCUUCCAAGAAUGAGCAAAUUAAAGCCUUUGUUGAUGCAAUUGAAAUCAUGCACAAGCAUGAUCAGGCUGUCAAUGUAUCUACUUUAGUUGAAGUUAGGAAAUGUGCGGAGUGUUUGAAAAAGACUCUAGGAAUUGAGAAAGAAUGUAUUUCUAGUCUUGAGAUACCCUUGCAUGAGAUGCGUGCAAAAUGUAUUGAAACAAAGGUUUUAUCUGAUAAUAAAUUAGCUAAAGCCCGAACCAUGGUAGAAGAUGCUCAAAAGAAGUUCAUUGAAGUUGAAGCAAAAACGCAUGUCAUAGAGUCUUUGCAUACAGAGGCCACCCGAUAUCAUUGUGUUGUUGAAAGAAAAUUGCUUGAGGUUGAAGUAUGUGAAGAUGAUCUGACGCUUGAGAGACAAUCUAUAAGUGAUAGACAAAGGUUUUACAACAAGGACAAUUGUUUGAUGGACAAGCAUUGCUGA